GGCCCAACCAUGUAUGACCUUGAGGAAGAAAGGAGGCAAUAUCUGGGGUAUCAGAGCCAAAGCUGCCUCCUCCUGGUCCUGCAGCUGGUCUCCAUCACACUCUUGGUUGGGCUUCUUGUGGCCAUCCUCCUUCAAGACUCCCAUGAUUUCACCUCUCAGGAGAAGGAGAGGAUCUACCAGGACCUCAUUGAGCUGAAGGCUGGAGUGGACCACCUCUGCCGACCCUGCCCCUGGGACUGGACGUUCUUCCAAGGAAACUGCUACUUCCUCUCCAAGACCCAAGGGAACUGGAAUUAUUCUGUUACUGCCUGCCGGGAAGUGGGGGCCCAGUUAGUCAUCAUCAAAAGUGAUGAUGAGCAGGACUUUCUGGUGGAGAUCUCUAAGCAUAAACACCCAUCCUGGAUUGGUUUUUCAGACGUGAGACAGGAAGGCAAUUGGCUCUGGAUGGAUGGCUCACCUCUGACACGAAGGUAUCGCAGGCCAAGAGAAUUUGCUCUGGAGGGAGGGUGUCCUGGCCAGAGUCACCUUCUCCUGGUGCUGCAUCUGCUCUUGAUCACACUCUUGGCUGGACUGUUGACGGCUGUUCUUGUUCCGGAGUUGGAGGAUCCCAGCUCCCAGGGGAAAGAGAGGAUCUACCAGGAACUGAGACAGCUGAAGGCUAGAGUGGACAGCAUGUGUCGCCCCUGCCCCUGGGACUGGAUGCUCUUCCAGCAGAGCUGUUAUUUCUUCUCCAAGUCCAGACGGAACUGGAAUGAUUCAGUCACUGCCUGCCAGGAAAUGCAGGCCCAGCUAGUGAUGAUCAAAAAUGAUGAGGAAAAGAGUUUCCUGGAGAUGAUUUCUGAGCAUAAACACCCCUCCUGGAUUGGUCUCUCAGACGUGGGACGGGAAGGCGAUUGGCUCUGGCUGGAUGGCUCACCUUUGUCACAAAGCCUGGUGAAGUACUGGAAGAAAGAUAGGCCCAACAAUGACACGGAGAAGAACUGUGCGGAAUUUAGUGCUGAUGAGGAAGAGGUGAUGGUCAGCAGCAGGUUUUCAUUUAGAGGCUCUGGCCUUGAACCACAGCCUGGAUCCCACCAUCCUACAGGCCAUCUGGGCCAUGGCCUUGGGCCCCUGCUACUGCAGCUGCUCUUCAUCACUCUCUUUGUUGGGGUCCUGGUGGCAUUCCUUUACAGAGUACCCAAGAACCCCAGUGACCAGAAACAGGAGAAGAUCUAUCAAGAACUGAAUCAGCUGCGAUCUGGAGUAGACCGCCUGUGCCGGCCCUGCCCCUGGGACUGGACGUCCUUCCAAGGAAACUGUUACUUCUUCUCCAAGUCCACCCGGAACUGGACCGAUUCUCUCAUCGCCUGCCAGGAAAUGGGGGCCCAGCUGGUCAUCAUCGAAAACUUGGAGGAGCAGAAGUUCCUAAAAUUCAACUUGCCGAAAAAGCACCGAGCUUGGAUUGGGAUCUCAGACUUGGAAAAGGAAGAUAAUUGGCAGUGGGUGAAUGGUUCAGCUCUGUCGCACAGCUUUAGCACAUAUUGGAAUGAAGGAGAGCCCAACAACCAGGAAGAUGAAGACUGUGCAGAAUUUAAAAAAAGAGGUUGGAAUGAUGAGAAGUGUGCAUUUAAGAAUUUCUGGAUUUGCAAGAAACCUGCCGUGUCCUUCUGCUCCCGUAAAUGAAGCCAGGGUUUUUCAAACCCUUAUAGCUCUUAUUUUCCCUGCCAAGACGCAGAACUUCCCUCAGAUUUAUGCCAGCUUCUUCUCCUCAUUGGGUGGGAGUUGGAUCACCGUAUGCUUCACUUUCUCUCUGGGACUUCUCUAAUUCCUCCUCUCCAAUGGGGGUGCAGCCAUUGGGGUCCUUCCUCUGAUGUCCC